AUGGAGCUAACGCUCUUUACAAAAAAUUUCUAUGUCAUUCAAUUUGAUGACGGGAUAGCAUUAGUCCCUAAUAAUUGGUUGCAGAUAUCUGAAGAUCAAAAGCAACAAGUUUGCUUCUAUCCAAAUUACAAUGUUAAAAAAAGGCUGAAUAAAGCUAUACAAAAUAAGGAAAUACCGGAUUUAAAAAAUGUACAAGCUGGUUGGGCGAUGUAUGACGUUUUACGUAUUUUGUCUUCAGCAGAUACUUUUGAGCGAGGUCAAGAAAAGUUAAAGAUGGCUGAAAAUAUUUCUGACAUAAAUACUGAGGAUGAAGAUUAUAUGAAAAAAACACGGCAUGAUAGAGCUGCUGCAAAUAAUUUGACUUCUGACGAUGAAUCUGUUGAUAUAGAAGUCGAUUCUGGUCUUUUGUCUCCUUUACCAGAUCCAAAAGAAUUUUCUGGAUCUCAAAAAUUAUGUUAUUCGAAAAAACCUGCACUGAUUUUGGCAACCUAUGAAAAUCCGAUCAUUUCCGAAAAAGACAACAUCGUUGUAACUGAAAAGAAAAAACCGAAGAUAAUUCGACAAGAAAUUAUUGCUAAACCUAAGAAAAAAGAAUUAGAAAAUAAAAAUCAAAAAGAUUUUAUCACUAAAGAUAAUGAAGAUUUUAUCACCGAUGAUCAUUCCAUCGAUAAAUGUAACAAAGAGUUAACAACACAUCAAAAUGAAAUUAAUGGAGAUAAAUCUCAAAAAGUGUUCAUGGAAAUUUUGAGAAAAGUAAAUCGCCUCUUAGUUGAAGUAACAUACAUCGAUAGAAGGCUUAGUAGAUUAGAAAAUAAAAUAGACUAUAUUACAAAUAAAGAAAUUAAUGUAAAUAACGUCGAAGAAGCUUUCGUUUUCGACACUAUUUCUUCAGUGGAUGAACUGAAAUUGUUUGAAGAAAAUUUGAAAAAUGAAAAAUUUUUUACGAAAAUGAAAAGCUUCUUGAAAUUGAAAGGCGGAUCAAAUCUACAAGACAUGAUAAAAAAUACGUUUAAAGCAUUAAUAAAGGACGAAAUAUUAAUGUUAUAUAGCUGGAAAGGAGCUCGAGGAAAAAAUGCAUUCCGAAAUUUCAAAAUUGUUAGUUUAAUCAUAGCUGUUGUUCGGUUACAUAACGCAAAUUCAACUGAGGAAGGUAUAAUAAAAGUUAUGACAAACUGGAUAGUUCAAGCUCCUGCACGUGUUCGAAGAAUAGCAAACAAACAGAAAAACCAAAAUAAUCAGGAUGAUCUUGAUCAUCUUGAUCAAGUUCAAGUUCCAGAUGUUCAAGAAGAAAAUAUUAAUAUAUAAGAAAAUCUGCGUACGUUAUAUCAUCAUAGCUUCGUCUUUUGUGUUUAUUGUUAUUCAGGUAUUUUUCUUUAUUUACUAUAACGAAAAGACGUAACAUAUAUAAAUGUUUUGUUUUUCAAGUUUAUGUAAUCUUAAAUCUUAUAAUGAUUAAAUUAAUUUAUGCGUUGAAAAUGCUACAAAGUAUUUUAUUUGCGUUAA